AUGGAACCUUCCACAGAAAAGAACCUUGGUCUAAUCGAAACAGCCAAGUCCCUAGCAAAUACACCUUGGUGCGAGCAAUACGAACGUAUGAUAUCAGGGAUGCUCAACAAUACCUGCAAACACAAUACCCAGGAUCUAAUUCACAAAUUUAGAUACGACCCCCUCGCUCCAGAACUCAUGCAAAGCCGUUACCGAGCCCGCAAGCUAAUGUCGAAAUACAAUGCACCCAUUCCUGAUGGCAUAUCAUUCGAUGAUCUAACACAACAGCGCGAGGAUCUGCUAAGGCAACUUCUGGGGCAAGUUGGCAAAGGCACCUUUAUUGAGCCACCGCUGAUGGUCGAUUACGGGUGCAAUACCAAGAUUGGUGAUGGGUUUUACGCUAAUUUCAAGUAUGCUGUCUCGACCCCGUUACUCUCCUUAUUUGCUGACCCUUGA